AUGCGAUUCCUUCGUCGUCAACUACCACCCCUCAACUUCCUCACCAUCCACUGGAUGUACUUCAUCUUUACCGCUCUUCUCACCGCUCUCAUCUUUUGGGGCUCCACCACUACCGCCCAUCACAUCAACUUCACCAAUGCCCUCUUCUUCACCGUAUCCGCCAUGACCGAGGCCGGCCUCAAUCCGGUAAAUCUCUCCGCAUUAAACACCUUUCAGCAAGUCUUACUCUUCUUGUUGAUCUUGGCCGGAAGCCCCGUCUUUGUAAGCGCGUUCGUUGUUCACGUCCGAAAGAAGGCCUUUGAAAGGAGGUUUCUCGACGAAAAGGAGAGACGGAAGAAGGGAUUGGGACGGCGGACCAUCAGCAAGGUCAAAACAUGGGCUGUUGGCGAUGCCGAGCCACGCGCCACAAGCCGGCCGCCAGACGGAGAGCCCGGUGAGAGGAAGCCGGAAACUCCGGAUGAGCAGACCAGCACACCUCCAACCUUGGAGGAUGGGGCUCCGUUGAGCGAGGAGCUCACGCCAGAAGAGAGGAGGGGUGGGCCAGGCAUGAACAGAACUGACAGCAUCACCAACUACUUUCCAGACGGUGCCAACGGUGCAUCGCCGCCGGGCUUCAGUCGGACGGAGACUACAUUCAGUAGCAACAUCCGUCACGGUGACAUAUCAAAAUAUCUCCCGUCCGCAGCUGCCGGCUGGAUCAGUCGCAACUCGCAGUUCAACAACUUGACCGCCGCCGAGCGCGAACAGCUUGGCGGCUACGAGUAUCGCGCCAUCGAGUUCCUGUCGUGGAUGAUACCUGCGUAUUACGUCUUGUGGCAGCUGUUCGGCUGCAUAGGAUGCGGAUUGUGGGUUAUGCUCAACAAUCCAGGUGCGGCAGAAGUCAACGCUCUCAAUCCGUUCUGGGUUGGGGCAUUCAAUGCUGUGUCUGCUUUUAACAAUUCCGGGAUGAGUCUGGUCGAUGCCAACAUGGUCGCUUUCCAGCGCAGCUACUAUAUGUUGAUCACCAUGAGCUUGCUCAUCUUGGCCGGCAACACCGCAUUUCCGCUGUUCCUGCGGCUCUUUGUAUGGUGCUUGUACAAGCUUUGCUCAAGGCUGGCUCGAAACAAACCUCCAACAAGUCACUGGACCGUCAGAACCCAGACUCUCAAAUUCCUGCUGGACCACCCACGACGCUGCUACACAACGUUGUUCCCCUCGCAGCACACCUGGUGGCUCGCGGCAUCCGUGUUCUCCCUAAACGCGAUCGACUGGGCCGCCUUCGAGAUCCUCAACAUCAACAACAAAAAGCUCGACGCCGGUCUGCCCCUCCGGUACCGCGUCAUCGACGGCCUGUUCCAAGCCUUCGCCGUGCGAAGCGGCGGCUUCUACGUCGUCACCAUUCCCAACUUACGCAUCAGCCUGCUAGUCCUGUACGUCGUCAUGAUGUACAUCAGCGUGUACCCAGUGGUAAUCACGAUGCGCAACAGCAACGUCUACGAAGAGCGCAGCCUCGGCAUCUACGCCGAAGACCAACCAGACCACGACGACAACCCCAACCCCAACGAGGACAAACCCUUCCCCCGCUCCCUCUCCACCAGCACCCUCCUCCUCAAGCGCGCCAAAACAAUCGGCUCCCACCUCGCCUCCCUAAGCGCCGCCCAACCCGCAACCCAAGAACCAAACACGCACUUCAUCCGGCACCAGCUGCGCGCCCAACUCGCGCACGACGCCUGGUUCCUCGUGCUCGCCCUCUUCCUCAUAAUGAUAAUCGAAAGCAGCAAGUUCAACAACGACCCCGCUGUGUUCAGCGUGUUCAACUUCAUCUUCGAAAUCGUGAGCGCGUACGGCUGCGUGGGGAUCAGCAUUGGCUUGCCGUACGCCGAUUACAGCUUUUCGGGCUCGUGGCGCAUUUUGAGCAAGUUGAUUCUUUGCGCGGUCAUGUUGAGGGGGAGGCAUAGGGGUUUGCCGGUUGCGAUUGAUAAGGCGGUUUUGUUGCCCGGGGAUGAGGUGGAGGGGGCGAAGGAGGAGGAGGAUGGGAGGAUUCGGGUUGCGAGGACGUUGAGUCGCAGUCGAUGGGAGGAGGCGCAGGGAUGA